UCAGAUUCAUCCACUGGAGAAUCACUGCUCGGUUGGGUAUAUUUGCGUGUGUGUCGUGCUGGACUCACAACUGAAAAACGGGGACAUCUGACGGGUAGGAGACCUUCUCAAGGCCAGCUUCAGUUGCACAAACAUGUCUCAACCAGGUCAAGAAGAACAUGAGCAAAUGCAGCGUCCCGAGGUGAGAGAUGAGGACCUGACCGAAGCGAAAGGCCAACUGGGUGCAAGUGGGCCAGCAAAGAGCAAGACUUAUGAAGUAAUGGAGGAGUGCGAGAAAAUGGGCAAAGCGGCACCGUCAGUAUUCAGUGGAGCGAGGUCCGGGGCCGAGACUGUUUUGAACUCGCGCUCAGCUCAGGCCAACAGGAAGUAGCGGUGGACUUUGCCCAUUAUCGGACAACGCGGACAACUUCUUUACCACUUUUACAUUUUUUAAAGAAAAUUGAGAAAUAUUCAACCAUUCAUUGCUGCCUGUGUAAACAGCAGAAUGUAUCCACAGUUCCAGGUAAUUGUAUAAUUACUAAUAAGGAUUUAGCAAAACUGCAUUCAAAACAAUUGUAUGGAAAAUCAAUUCUUUAAAAAAAAAAAAGUCUGAAAUGUGUUUAACAAAUUGUCUUGUCUUCAUCCUGUUAAAUUGUACUGAGUACCAGUAAAAGUAAAGAAACAUGAAUCAA